UAAAAUCGAAAGUGAAAGUGACUGUUUAUUCUCACUUGCCCGCUGUUACACAUCACCAUUUUGACUAUGAAAUCAAAUCGGUGACAAGUAGGCUACUGGAUGUUUUGAGGACCUAUAAAAUACAUGUGAAACUCAGGACAGUGGGUGUAUUCUGUAGUUCUGCAUCAAUAAAUGGCAGAUGAUCCAUCCACCAAUAAAAGACAAAUGGAUUUCUCAAUUGAAGGACAACCUCCUAGCAAACAAAGCUGUGAAUCUACUAGUCUCUCAUCUACUCCCAAUGAACAGAACUCUCCAGAAAUAGACCAUGGUAGUGGGAGUGAAGAUUGUGGACACUAUGAGAAAUUCCAGCAUGAAAAUGAAGGAAGUGAGAAAAACCAAGGAGUCAAUAAGAUUCAAACAGAGGAAAAAUGUUCUAAUGUUGAACAAAUCCAUUCUCCUGGGCCAAUCCAGUUCACCUCAGUACAGCCAGACUCCAUCUCCUUAGUCUGGGGACCUCCUGAGAUAUGGAAUGGCCAGAGUUUUAAAGUCACCUGGGAGAGUGGACAGCACAGAGGGAGUCAAGACUUCCCAAGUUUAAAAGCUUGUAUUUGCAAUCUAUUACCUGGAGAGAAAUAUGAAUUUAAGGUGGUCACCCUGGGUGAAGACAACCAGCAGAGUGAAUAUGUAUCAGCGACUACAUUCACAGAGAUCCCUGCACCAGAUGAGGUAAUGGUGAACAAUAAUGAAAGUCCUGUGAUGGUGACAUGGAAGAAACCAGAGGGGCUGGACCAGGUUGAAUAUGUGAUGUCACUUUGGAAGGAGGAAAAAGAGGGAGAGGAGUGUUUACACAGCAUGACAUUAGCAUCUGAAAAAUACCCCUUACCUGAACUGAAGCUCAAUAUAAUAUACACCAUCAGAGUUUCUAUCGUGCUGAAAAAUGGCUAUAUGGGGAAAGCUACUACACACCGUUUUUGCAGAGUUUCUCUUACAGUGCCAGCACCAGAGAAACUCAGAAUGAUUUCAAAGACUUCAUCAUCUGUUCAUCUCAUAUGGGAGCCACCACUUGGGAUGGAAGAGACUCCAUACUCCUACCAGAUCUCUUACCACACUGGAGGACCAGAAUCAGAGCCCAUUCCUGCAGAUUCAUGCAGCGUUGUAAUUAAAAACCUGAAGCCAUGCACUGACUAUUUAGUCAACGUCCGCACUAAGCUGAAGAAUGGGGAAAUGAGUGAACCUUUUGGCAUGGGAGUUUUUACAGCUGUGCCAGUCCCAGAGCAGCUCAUUGUGGUUUUAGAGACUGCAAGGUCUGUUCAUCUCAGAUGGAACCCACCACAUGGGAUAGAGACUCCACUCUCCUACCAGAUCUCUUACCGCAGUGGAGGACCAGAAUCAAAUCCCAUUUCUGCAGAUUCAUGCAGUGCUGUCAUCACAGGUCUGCAACCAGACACCAAGUAUGAUAUCAGCGUCUGCACCAAGGUCACAAACGGGGAAAUGAGUGCUCCUGUUAAACAACAAGUCCACACAGCUGUGCUAUUACCCCCAAGCAAGCUCACAGUAGUUUCAGUGACUCCAGAAUCUAUACAUAUCACAUGGAGCCAACCAAAUGGGAUGGAUCGGACUCCACACUCCUUCCAGAUCUCUUACCACAGUGGAGGAACUGAGUCAGAACCCAUUUCUGCAGAUUCAUGCAGCGCUGACAUCACAGGCCUGCAACCAGACACCAAAUAUGAUGUCAGCGUCUGCACCAAGCUCAAUAAUGGGGAAAUAAGUGCUCCUGUUAAACAAGAAGUCCGUACAAAAGUCCCAACCAAAAAAUUCUACACCAUUGUGAUUGGGAACACUCAAAAUCAUCACAAUGCUUUGAAGAGAAUGUUGAUGAAAAAAAAGGUUUGGCAGAAGUUGCAAGUGUGGAUGAUUGUGAUGUCAUCCUGGCUUUCUGUGUGAUAGUUUCCCGUGUUGGAACAGACAUGGAGGCAGCUCUUAAAGAAAUACCAGACUCUAAGCCUGCUAUUCUAGUGGUCAUGCACCACACCUUUGAUACCAAUCACGUGACACCAAACACCAGCAGAUUUGUAAGAGGGCAAAAGAUGACUGUGAUUGACAUUUUGUUCCAUGAGGACCAAGGGAUACUGAAGUGUGAAAAGAACAGUGAUGCACAGAGACAGCUACUCAUAGAGUUUGAGGUUUCCCCAGAAUCGGAUACAAAAGUCUUGGCCUCCUCAGGGUGGAUGAACAAGGGGAUAAAUCUGUUGAAAUCAAUAGGCCAAUUCAUUGUCUCUCAAUGAUGACCGCCCGCCACCCACUGAACAGCAACAGCAAAAACAAAAUAAUAACAAAAUACCACCACCAGAUGACAGCAGCUCCACAGCUGCAGAUGGAUCUCAAAUAGUUUCCAAACCCUGUUUGACAGAAAAAACAACAAUGUGUAGCAAGACUGCUACAUCACGUUCAUCUAAAAAUAUAAAAUACUUUACUAUUUUGAGUGGGAAACACACUGAAAUCUCAUGCAGAGGUUCAAAAACGUCUUACAGAUAAAGGAGUUUUGCAAGCUGAAGUCUUUUCAGUGAAACAAUGUGAUGUUCUCCUGGUGUUCUGCCCAGUUGUUUCCUCGUUUGGCUCUGACAUUGAAAAAGCUUUCCGUUCCAUUCCAGAUGGAAAGCCUGCUGUUGUAGUGGUGAUGCACCACACAUUUGACACAGAUUUCUUGCCACCAUGCAACAACGCUCCUAACAAGAGGAAGGAUAUACUUGUUGUGCAUUGCUUAUUCUUCGAGGACAUAGGGUUACUGAAGUCCUCAAAAAAUGAUGAUUCAAUCAGCCGUGUCACUAAGUGGCUGUGUGAAAGGUUCCCACAAAUGGCAGCACAAAAUGAACAAAACUAUUCCAUGCCUGGUGCAUCAUUCAGAAAUGUUAUGUCCUACUUCAGGAAAUGAAAUGCCUGCAGGCCUGCCUACAGUGAAUUAAUUGAUGCCUGAUGUGCCUGAUUUUAAGAAGCUUAAUCUGUACCCAGGAGAACCCUGAUGAGUUGAUCGGUUGUGAUUAUAGUUCUAAUCAAAGCAGAAUAGUUUGUCAUAAAUGUAAUAAUAAUAAUAUACAGUGUAGCCUAGCCACAUGUUAAAAGGCUUAGCAAUGCAUGUGAAAUUGCAUCUACAGUGAAUAAUUUGUAUUUGGUAAAUGUGCACUGCUGAACUAUUGUAUUCCACUUGCCAAUUCUGACUAUGUGUACUGUAUCUACAUAACCUGUUGAAAAGAUAAGUGAUAGUUGCCCUUGUUUUUCCCCCUUAGCAUUUAAUGGGUACCUUCAUCAGUUGUGCCAAUAAUGAAAAGACUGCAAGGGUUGCCUGCCAAGUUUAUAUAUUAUGUUAAUCCAUUAUUUAAUAAGCAAAGAUAUAAUAUAGCCUAGUACAUAUUAUUUCGACAUGAAUGUUAAUCUAAAAGUGGUAAAUGCUACUUUUA